UUAGUUCAGGGCCUGUAUCCACAAAGCUUAGUUCAGGGCCUGUAUCCACAAAGCUUAGUUCAGGGCCUGUAUCCACAAAGCUUAGUUUCCAAGCUUACGGGCCUGUAUCCACAAAGCUUAGUUCAGGGCCUGUAUCCACAAAGCUUAGUUCAGGGCCUGUAUCCACAAAGCUUAGUUCAGGGCCUGUAUCCACAAAGCUUAGUUCAGGGCCUGUAUCCACAAAGCUUAGUUCAGGGCCUGUAUCCACAAAGCUUAGUUCAGGGCCUGUAUCCACAAAGCUUAGUUCAGGGGCCUGUAUCCACAAAGCUUAGUUCAGGGCCUGUAUCCACAAAGCUUAGUUCAGGGCCUGUAUCCACAAAGCUUAGUUCAGGGCCUGUAUCCACAAAGCUUAGUUCAGGGCCUGUAUCCACAAAGCUUAGUUUCAGGGCCUGUAUCCACAAAGCUUAGUUCAGGGCCUGUAUCCACAAAGCUUAGUUCAGGGCCUGUAUCCACAAAGCUUAGUUCAGGGCCUGUAUCCACAAAGCUUAGUUCAGGGCCUGUAUCCACAAAGCUUAGUUCAGGGCCUGUAUCCACAAAGCUUAGUUCAGGGCCUGUAUCCACAAAGCUUAGUUCAGGGCCCGUAUCCACAAAGCUUAGUUCAGGGCCCGUAUCCACAAAGCUUAGUUCAGGGCCCGUAUCCACAAAGCUUAGUUCAGGGCCCGUAUCCACAAAGCUUAGUUCAGGGCCCGUAUCCACAAAGCUUAGUUCAGGGCCUGUAUCCACAAAGCUUAGUUCAGGGCCUGUAUCCACAAAGCUUAGUUCAGGGCCUGUAUCCACAAAGCUUAGUUCAGGGCCUGUAUCCACAAAGCUUAGUUCAGGGCCUGUAUCCACAAAGCUUAGUUCAGGGCCUGUAUCCACAAAGCUUAGUUCAGGGGCCUGUAUCCACAAAGCUUAGUUCAGGGCCUGUAUCCACAAAGCUUAGUUCAGGGCCUGUAUCCACAAAGCUUAGUUCAGGGCCUGUAUCCACAAAGCUUAGUUCAGGGCCUGUAUCCACAAAGCUUAGUUCAGGGCCUGUAUCCACAAAGCUUAGUUCAGGGCCUGUAUCCACAAAGCUUAGUUCAGGGCCUGUAUCCACAAAGCUUAGUUCAGGGCCUGUAUCCACAAAGCUUAGUUCAGGGCCUGUAUCCACAAAGCUUAGUUCAGGGCCUGUAUCCACAAAGCUUAGUUCAGGGCCUGUAUCCACAAAGCUUAGUUCAGGGCCUGUAUCCACAAAGCUUAGUUCAGGGCCUGUAUCCACAAAGCUUAGUUCAGGGCCUGUAUCCACAAAGCUUAGUUCAGGGCCUGUAUCCACAAAGUAGGAGUGCUAAUCUAGGAUCUGUCCAUACAAUCUUAUUCAUUACGAUCUAAAAGUCUGAUUCUAGAACAGCAACCCUACCGCUUUGUGGAUACUGGCCCUGAACAGUCACUCCCCUCCUGCUUCCCCCAGCUCUGUGAAGGACCCAGAGCAGCUUUAAUAGUGCCCCAAGUUUCCCCUAAACCCAUUUAAAUCAGCCAGUCUCUAAAUUUGGCUGAACAGACUGAUUAGUUAUUUAAAAACUAGCAGGAAGCAUGCUGAAGGUCUACACACAGGAAAGACGUGAUGAAUCACUGUCAACUGUUUAUCACGCACAUGCAUGUAUGCCAGAGACUCAGUGUGUGUCUGUGUGUCAACAGGGCAGCCACAGUAAGAUGGAUGGCUGAGGUCAGCUGCUUGCCGACCGCCGGCCAUCGGAAUCACCUAGUGAUCUGGAAUUCCCACUCCGUCAGUCUGGCUAUCUGUCUGUCUGUCUGGCUGGGAGGAGGAUGAAGUGGUCCCUACUGACACUCAUCUUAGGUCAGGUUUUAGUCUUCCGCCCUGUUGUAGUCAAGGUUAGGAUUUAGGGAGGGUGAACUUCUUCCUGGAGCGUCUCAGAUCACAACCCUUAAAGAAGUAUAUUCAAUACCAGCCACACCACGCUGCAAUUGGGCCAUUGUUGUGAUGUCAUCAUUGCUCGACUGCACUGUAGCAUCAUGGUGUCAUGCUCUCAGUAAAGAUAAAGACUAAAACGUGAAUGUAUUAUUCACACAGGUAACCACACUACAUGAAUUAUAACGUACUACAACCUUUCAGUCACCAUUAUCAGGAGCACUCUGUACAGCCCAUGAAGAGUACAGCUUUAGUAAAGUACUGUGGUGGUCUCCUGCUGGCUGAAUAAUGAAGCAGACAGACUCAUCUGGGUGAAUCGAACCUGGUCUGAUGUGGAUGAAUCGAACCUGGUCUGAUGUGGAUGAAUCGAACCUGGUCUGAUGUGGAUGAAUCGAACCUGCUCUGAUGUGGAUGAAUCGAACUAGGUCUGAUGUGGAUGAAUCGAACCUGGUCUGAUGUGGAUGACUCGAACCUGGUCUGAUGUGGAUGAAUCGAACCUGGUCUGAUGUGGAUGAAUCGAACCUGGUCUGAUGUGGAUGAAUCUAACCUGCUCUGAUGUGGAUGAAUCGAACCUGGUCUGAUGUGGAUGAAUCGAACCUGGUCUGAUGUGGAUGAAUCGAACCUGCUCUGAUGUGGGUGAGUCUAAUUUAAUCUGAUGUCAUCUGAUCUCUAGGCUGGUUAGACUCUUUAGGCUGGUUAUUCAGAGCUGGUCCAUGGUAUGAUCCUUUGUAGCUCAGUUAGUAGAACAUGGCGUUUGCAACGCCAGGAUAGUGGAAUCGAUUCCUGGGACCGCCCAUACGUAAAAAAUUUAUGCACGCAUGACUUUAAGUCGCUUUGGAUAAAGCAUCUUCUAAAUGGCAUAUAUUAUCAUAUCAAAUACACUGAGUGUACAAAACAUUAGAAACACCUUCCUGAUAUUGAGUUGCACCGCCUUUUGCCCUCCGAACAGGCUAAAUUCGUCGGGGCACGAACUCUAAAAGGUGACGAAAGCAUUCCACAGAGGUCCUGGCCCAUGUUGACUCCAAUGCUUCCUACAGUUAUGUCAAAUUGUCUGGAUGUCCUUUGGGUGGUGGACCAUUCUUGAUAGCAAUGGCGGUCGGUGCCCCUUAAGAUAUUUUUUUUAUAUGAGCAUGGCCUUCUAUUAUAGAAUACUGUACGACUGUCAUUCAUAUUCCAUUCACCCAGCUCAAAGUAACAUCGAUAGGUUUAGGCUAAUACAUGAUACUCAAAUUUUCCUUGUACCCAUCAUGGAGGUUGAUACAACCUAGCCUAUGAAUUAAAGUUUACAACGUAGGUGCACAGGUCGAGAGAAUCACGCAGUACAGUGUACAGUCAGAAAGCAGUUCAGCAGUUAUACCGGCGGGCCCCGGGGGCAAUAAAUUACUAAGACCAAAAGCUUAUCUUGACUUGGAAGAGUUCUAGUGUUGGAUAGCCAUAGCCAGCUAGCUAACAUAGCAUCCCUCUCUGUUUGAGCCAGGUGUUUGAGUAGGCCAAAUUAGCUAGCUGCAUUCGCUAGCUAAGUGAACAUUUUUUUUUUUUUUUUUUAUACAACCAAAUAUAGCGCUCUCUCUCGCUUCUCCUUCAUUUUGGAACAAAUUAAUUUGUUCAAAACUGUUCAAUUAUUGUCUCUCUGAGUCAACUACUGCAGUGCUAGCUAGAUGUAGCUUAUGCUUUCAGUACUAGAGUCAUUCUCUGAUCCUUUGAUUGGGUGGACAACAUGUCAGUUCAUGCUGCAAGAGCUCUGAUAGGUUGGAGGACGUUCUCCGGAAGUUGUCAUAAUUACUGUGUAAGUCUAUGGAAGGGGGUGAGAACCAUGAGCUUCCUAGGUUUUGUAUUGAAGUCAAUGCACCCAGAGGAGGACGGAAGCUGGCUGUCCUCCGGCUAAACCAUGGUGCUACCCUACAGAGUGCUGUUGAGGCUACUGUAGACCUUCAUUACAAAACAGUGUGUUUUAAUCAAUUAUUUGGUGACAUGUGAAUAUAAUUUAGUGUAGUUUAAUCUAAAAAAGGAUAACUUUAACUACCCUACUCCAUUCAAAGGCACUUAAAUAUUUUGUUUUGCACACACACACACACCAUGUAUAAUUGUCUCAAGGCUUAAACAUCCUUAUUUAACCUGUCUCCUCCCCUUCAUCUACACUGAUUGAAGUGGAUUUAACAAGUGAAAUUACUAAGGAUCAUAGCUUUCACCUGGAUUCACCUGGUCAGUCUAUGUCAUGGAAAGAGCAGGUGUUUCUAACGUUUCGUAUCACUGGGUUAUUUGUAUACUGUAUUUUACUAUAUCCUAGUAUUGAUAUAAGGACCGGUUUCGGUUUUUACUUUACCUUCUAUAACGGUAUUUGAAUGUUUGGUUUGUUAAAUGGGAUACGCCGUGUGUAACGUCCAUUUGUAUAGUUUACACCCCUAGUCAAAUUGCUAUUGCAACAUUUGGUUAAAAAUAAGGCCUAGAUUGUUUGGCCAUAUCGUGCAGCCCUACGUGGCAGUGUGGAAAUGACCUCAAAUGAGUGCAGAAAAUGUAGAAAAUGCAGGAAAUUAUUUUUGGUUGAAGUUGAAUUGAACAAGAUAAAACAAAAUCAGAAUUUAGAAAGACCCAUGGAAAUCACUUAGAAUGUACGUGUUGCCAACCCAGUGUCCCUUACUACUCAUAAAGCAAAUGUAUAACUUUUAUUAUUCAAAAACAUAAGAUACCAUAAAAAAAACGUCAAAAUGUUGAAAAAUACCAUGAUACUAUAUCUUGGCCAUAUCGCCCAGCCCUAGUUAUCUGAGAGGACUUCAGAGCCCCCACAUCUCCUUUCUGAGAGGACUUCAGAGCCCCCACAUCUCAUCUCUGAGAGGACUUCCGAGCCCCCACAUCUCCUCUCUGAGAGGACUUCAGAGCCCCCACAUCUCCUCUCUGAGAGGACUUCAGAGCCCCCACAUCUCCUCUCUGAGAGGACUUCAGAGCCCCCACAUCUCCUCUCUGAGAGGACUUCAGAGCCCCCACAUCUCCUCUCUGAGAAGACUUCAGAGCCCCCACAUCUCCUCUCUGAGAGGACUUCAGUCCCCACACCACCUCUCUGAGAGGACUUCAGAG